AUCCAGAAGCAAUCAAUUCAUUCUGUGAUACAUCUAACUGCAUGAAUCUUGACAACAUUUUUGUUAAUGUAGGUUUAAAGAACUUUCAAGAGCUCUUUACUCUUUGACUGCCCUGGCUGUAACUAAUAAUAUGGUGUCAAUUACUAUUCCUGAGGGGAAAGUCAAUGAUAUUUCAGGAAAUAUGAAUGUGGCAUCCAAUAGACUUGAAAUAAUUCACUAUUCAACACCUGAAAUAUCAACAGCACUACACUCAUUUGUGACUGCGGGAGUCUUAGCAACAACACUAGCUGCUGCUACUCUUUCGCUUUCGUCCACAAUUCUUGGAGCAAUUGCAAGAAAUAAUUUUGUUGCUUCUGAUCCAUCAAUGAAUCUACAUGGAAUGAUAGGACACCUGCAAGUGUUUGUCCUUUCAGACUGGCUAUUGACUGACCAAUUGAUUGAAUAUUCCGAGACAACAAAAGGUCUUAGGUGGCUCAUACCUCGGCAGAAACUUCCAUGGAAAAAGAAUGGAUGUUCAAUUUGGCCUAACAAUGUUUAUUUGGAUCAAGGGAAAUUUGUAAAGAGAUCCAGGAGCUGGUCUAGAGGAUACAUUUCUCAUGAGAGAGCUUACCAUAACAUUUACUUAAAUAACCCGUCCUACGUGCGAGAGAAGUUACCAUUUCCAACUGAAAUUGACCCAAAGUUCAGUUGGCUCCAUGGACGGCACAACAUAAGCAAAGAAAAUACUCCUUUGGGGCUACCUCUCAGUUCAAAUGAAUACUUCACUUUUUUCUUGGUUGGUAUAUUCUGUAUGGUGUUAAUGUUAUGUUUUUAAACCUGAACCUCUAUAUCUCUAUUCGUUGUUGUGCAGAGAGGAGAGCCAUUAUCUGCUAACAAUGUUGUCAAGAAAUUGCAGAAUU